AUGCAGUUUGUUUUCUAUUACUAUACCCCAUCUACCGCGGCGGCAGCCAUAUUCACUGUCCUGUUCGGACUGAGUAGUAUCUUGCAUUUCUAUCAGCUCCUGCGGACAAGGACAUGGUUCAUGAUCCCCUUCUUGAUCGGUGCAAUCUUGGAGACUAUCGGUUAUGUCGGUCGUUUACUGGCCUCGUUCGAGGCACCAGACUUCACCAAGGGCCCAUAUAUCAUGCAAAGUGCCUUGAUCCUGAUUGCGCCGGCUUUCCUUGCUGCCAGUAUCUAUAUGACUCUCGGACGAAUCAUCUAUAUGUUGGAAGCAGAGAAACUAUCUGUUAUUAGAGUAGGGUGGCUCACUAAGACCUUCGUCGCUGGCGAUGUGCUCUCUUUCUUGAUGCAAGCCUCAGGUGCGGGACUUAUGGUCUCAAACUCGAAUGACCCCUCGACCGGCGAACAUAUCAUUAUUGGCGGUCUCUUCGUACAAAUUAUUUUCUUCGGUCUCUUCACCAUCAGUGCUGUUGUCUUCCAAACUCGCAUCAACAAGGCCCCGACCACCCGAUCGAUCGAGUUGAAGAGUCUCUGGACCCGCCAUAUGAUUGCUCUCUACACAGCCAGUAUCUUGAUUCUGAUUCGCUCUGUUAUUCGUGUGGUGGAGUACCUGGAAGGCUAUGAUGGAUAUCUGAUGAAGCAUGAGGCCUUCAUCUAUGUCUUCGACGCCCUCCUUAUGUUCAUUACUGUGCUUGUUCUUCAGUAUGAGCACCCCAGUGAGAUCAACUGCUUGAUCGGUCGCGGCCACAAGUACUCAGAGAAGGUCAUCUGGACCCGCGAGUUUGUCCCGGCCUCUGCGCUCGAGAUGGGUCGGUCAGUAGAAGUUUGA